GUAUGCGUGUGAUUGACAGCUGCAGACCCGGAGCUCCGUGAUCAUGGCGGAUGAGGUGUCCCGCGCCCAGAGCGCGCAGUCGGGAGGAGACACGAUAUUCGGCAAAAUCAUCCGUAAAGAGAUUCCUGCCAACAUAAUUUAUGAAGAUGAUCAGUGUAUUGCCUUCCAUGAUGUGGCCCCUCAGGCUCCCACUCACUUCUUGGUGGUCCCCAGAAAGGCCAUCACUCAGAUCUCUAAAGCAGAGGACGCUGAUAAAGAGCUGCUUGGACAUCUGAUGAUCGUUGCUAAGAAGUGUGCCGAACAGGUGGGAUUGCCCAGAGGAUAUCGACUGGUGGUCAAUGAGGGUCCUGACGGGGGUCAAUCUGUUUACCACAUUCACAUCCACGUUCUGGGUGGUCGUCAGUUGGGAUGGCCUCCUGGCUAACUGCUUGUCUAAGGAUAUCACUGUAUCUGUAUUGUUUGCCAUAACUGAAGUUAAUUGUUACAUGUCAAGUCAGAGUUCAUCAAUAAAACAACUGUAAAGAAGUUCUGUCUGAGGACAUCAAUAAAAACCAUUAAAUGA